UGUUAACCAUGGACAUGGACACAGGUUACAGGCAGCGCUUGCCCACUGGCUUUGCCAUAUUCACAUCAAUACCAGACAUGUUUUAUCUGCUAGAGAUCGUCUUUGGUGGUCUGGUCUGGACUCUGGUGGCAUCCACAUUUAUUGAGCCUCAUAACCCUCAGGCAUGGGUGAUGACAGUGUCCGUUUUCUGUUUCUGUAUGACUCUCAUCUGGAUGUUUGUCUUUAUCUGUGGAACACACCACAGCAGCCGUGGAUGGGCAGCAGCGGACGUGUUCUACCACUUCGUGGCAGCGGUCCUCUACCUCAGUGCUGCUGUCCCUUUGGCUAAAGUGACCAUUGACAUGGGAGAUAUCUCUCCAAGAAAUACCACCCAGGAUAAAUACUACAAAAUGAACAUCUCAUCUUCCGUGUUUGCCUACAUUGCUACACUACUCUAUUUUGUCCAUGCCAUAUUCUCUGCCAUUAGAUGGAAGAGCUUCUAGAGAGUCUUGUCCUGGCAGGAACUUCUGUAGGACGUCAAAGCAUUGAGCUGAAAAUUGUUUAGAUCUACAUUGUAACACAAUUCAAUUGUAUACAUUUCUUCAUUUAUUCAGCUGCAUGCCUCGGUGCAGUUAAUAUCAUGAUUUAUGUAAAACACAUGAAUUGUAUCCUUAUUUUUGUAAAAACAGACAAAUGAUAUAAUUUAAGUAACAGGUUUUAUGAAAUAACAUUUUAGAUGUAUGCCAAAACAUUGUGUGUUAUCUAAAUUUGCCUUUUCAUGUAGGAUGAAAUAAAAUCAAAAUCUUAAAAUA